AGCCACCCUGUUUGAGAAAGCAGCUGGCCGAUUGUAUCACAUGCCUCUGAGCAGUUAGAGAGGCGCACAGAAGAAGGUGCAGUGAGGAAGUGCAAUGUCACAUGCGACCUCACAGGAAGCUGGCCAGAAGAUAACUGAGGACUACAGCGCUCAGCCGUUUUUUCUCAGCGGAUUGAAGCGACGCAGAGUUAUCUCCAAGACUGUUGAAAAUUUAACUGCCCAAGAUGCCUGUUCCUCCCCCACCAGCACCCCCACCGCCACCAACAUUUGCUCUGGCCAAUACCGAGAAACCUACCUUGAAUAAGACACAGCAGGCUGGGAGAAAUGCCCUUCUCUCUGACAUCACUAAAGGGAAGAAACUCAAGAAGACAGUCACCAAUGACAGAAGUGCACCAAUAUUGGACAAACCAAAAGGAGCCGGCGCCAGUGGUGGUGGUGGCAGCUAUGGCGGAGGCAGUGGAGGUGGCGGUGGAGGAGGAGGAGGCGGUGGCGGCGGAAAUUUUGGAGGGGGUGGACCCCCCGGAUUGGGAGGACUGUUCCAGGCUGGAAUGCCAAAGCUGAGGUCCACAGCCAACAGGGAUAAUGAUUCUGGGGGAAGCCGACCACCGAUUUUGCCACCAGGAGGAAAAGCAACUUCUGCCAAGCCCUUUUCGCCCCCAAGUGGCCCCCCGGCGCGGUUCCCUGUACCCUCACCAGGUCACAGGAGUGGUCCCCCAGAGCCGCCCAGGAACCGAAUGCCUCCCCCGAGGCCUGAUGUGGGCUCAAAACCCGAUAACCUUCCCCCUCCAGUACCAAAUACACCAAGACCUGUUCAGUCGAAUCUUCACAACCGGGGAUCCCCAACAGGGCCGGGAGCCCCCAGACCCCCGUUUCCCGGAAACCGAGGUGCUGCUUUUGGAGCCAGCUCUGUGCGCCAGAAUCCCUCGAGCUCCUCCUCUCCGUUCUCCAGGCCUCCUUUGCCCCCGACUCCAAGCCGAGCCUUGGAUGACAAGCCCCCUCCACCACCUCCUCCCGUGGGCAACAGGCCCCCCAUCCACAGAGAAGCCGUUCCACCUCCUCCCUCACAGAACAACAAACCUCCAGUGCCUUCCACCCCACGGCCUGGGACCGGGUCACAGGCACCACCUCCUCCGCCACCACCCAGCCGGCCCGGCCCUCCUCCCCUGCCUCCUGCUUCCAAUGAUGAGAUCCCGAGGCUGCCACAGCGGAACCUGUCCCUCACAUCCUCAGCACCGCCCUUGCCUUCACCUGGACGCUCUGGGCCUCUCCCUCCCCCACCCAAUGAGAGGCCCCCUCCUCCAGUGAGGGAUCCGCCAGGCAGAUCAGGUCCCCUCCCACCACCUCCUCCAAUAAGCAGAAAUGGAAGCACAGCUCGGGCCCUGCCUGCCACCCCUCAGUUGCCAUCCAGGAGUGGAGUGGACAGUCCCAGAAGCGGGCCUAGGCCUCCUCUUCCUCCUGAUAGGCCUGGUGCUGGGGCACCGCCCCCACCCCCACCAUCGACAUCAGUUCGAAAUGGCUUCCAAGACUCAUCUUGUGAAGAUGAGUGGGAAAGCAGAUUCUACUUCCAUCCGCUUUCUGAUUUGCCACCUCCAGAGCCAUAUGUACCAACAACCAAGACGUAUCCCAGCAAACUGGCCAGAAAUGAAAGCCGGAGUGGAUCCAACCGAAGAGAAAGGGGCGCCCCACCCCUUCCUCCCAUCCCGAGGUGAUCUCUGCCUGCUGGUCUCUACCCAAGCUCCAAAGCUGCUUGUGUUGUUGCUGUUUGAAAACUGCGCACCCCCUCCCUUCCUUUGUCCCUCUCAGAGAUAGUAGGAGGGAAUGACGGAAGCUGAGGUGGGGAUUCGUGCGUUUGGUGGGGGGAGGGGAUCAGAAAUGAUGCACCUAGCUGUUUAUGUUGUAUAUAUUCUUGAGCUAUUGCUUGUGUCAGCUGCAACCUGCCAGGGGUUGGCUGCUGGAAUCGAUAAGCUUUUGUUGCAAAUAGGCAGAGACAAAUUGUAUGCCAGCUUUCAGCCCCACACAGUCAGACAUUCACUGCUUAUUUGCUAUAGGCUAUAGUUGUUAAAUUCCCUGAGAGCUGGUUUUGUCCAUGCCUUUCUCUCUCAUGUGGUCUCAGGUCUAUUUCCAUGAACCACAGAUGGCCCUCCCAAAGCAAGUUGCUGAGUAAGCCUCACGGAAAUAAAGCCCUGUGGUUGCAGGAUAUCCAAUUUUUGGCAGUCUGAGGUAGGCUCCUGGGAAGAGCUGUCCAACAGAAACAUACUGUGAGCCCCAUAACCAAUCUUAAAAUGACCAGCAGCCAUGUUUUGUAAAGGUAAAAAGAAACAAGUGAAACUUAACUCUGCGCAUCCAUAUAGAAAUUAUUAAUGAGAUAUUUACAUUUUUGGUACUAAGUCUUCACACUCCAGUGAUCAUCCUUUACUUAGGACAAACACAUCACUAGGUUUUGGGUAUCCAGUAGCCACACGUGCCUAAGCACCAUACUGUCAGACUGUCUGGAUCUGGAAGAUGGGAGCUAGUACAGAAACCGCUUGUCUAAACAGACAAAUUGAGUUUUAGCAAUUCAAGAGAUGCCCCAAGACAAGGACAGAAUUCAUCAUCAUGUUUGGCAGACAGUGAGAACUUGGAUUUUGGUCCCUUAUUUUGCCUUUUUCCUCAAUAUGUCCAACUAUUUCUUCAGAGUAUCUCUGUCAGAAGUUGACCUAGUACAGUUUACAGUGGCUGGAAUAAAGCAAAGAAACUGAAAGCUGGUGGGCGCUUCCUGGCUCAGAGCCAGCGGCUGUGCACUCACUGGUCAGUAGAUGGGUUGCCUUGAA